CGUCCCGGGGGCCCCGCCCAGGCGGCCGCGGCGCCGGUGACAAGAAGGCGGAAGGGGCCGAGAUAGCAGCGUUCAUGAUGGGGCUCUUUGGGAAGACGCAAGAGAAGCCUCCCAAGGAGCUGGUCAAUGAAUGGUCUUUGAAGAUCAGAAAAGAAAUGAGAGUAGUGGACAGGCAAAUAAGAGAUAUCCAGAGAGAAGAAGAGAAAGUGAAGCGAUCUGUGAAGGAUGCUGCCAAAAAGGGCCAGAAGGAUGUCUGUGUCAUUCUAGCCAAGGAGAUGAUCAGAUCACGGAAGGCCGUGAGCAAACUGUAUGCAUCAAAGGCACACAUGAAUUCUGUUCUCAUGGGCAUGAAGAACCAGCUGGCUGUCCUUCGAGUGGCUGGCUCCUUACAGAAGAGCACAGAAGUGAUGAGAGCCAUGCAAAGCCUAGUGAAGAUUCCAGAGAUCCAGGCAACCAUGAGGGAUCUGUCCAAAGAGAUGAUGAAGGCGGGGAUCAUAGAGGAGAUGUUGGAAGACACCUUUGAAAGCAUGGACGACCAGGAAGACAUGGAGGAAGCAGCAGAGAUGGAGAUCGACAAGGUUCUCUUUGAGCUCACAGCAGGGGCCUUAGGCAAAGCACCCAGCAAAGUCACGGAUGCUCUUCCAGAGCCUGGGGCGUCAGGGGCGACAGCUGCCGCCGAGGCUGCGGCGGUGGAGGAGGAGGAAGAGGAUGAUCUGGAAGCCAUGCAGUCCCGACUCGCCACCCUGCGGAGCUAGGUGGGCACGCCCGCCCUGCCAGCAGCCACCCGGCGGACGCCCCGGCUAGGACACGAGGGACUUUCUGUAGCUCCUGUGAAGACUCUUCGUUUGUUAUCACGUUGCAGAGGGUUCUUUCUACUGAUUUCUGUUGAACUCCCUCCAGAGGGGGAUGGGGCUGCCAGUGUGGAAGAGGGGUACUUAACCCGAGAUGAUUGUUGUCAUGGUAGUGUGUCAUUUCCAGUUAUAAAAGUGUUGAGUGGAGAAAAAUCCAACAAAGCACUUUCAAGUAUUCUGCUGCCUGAAUGUUAAAUAUUCUGUACAUUUUUCUGAAAAACACUAUAAAUGGAUUUUAAUAAAUUUCUGCUUUAAGCCUG